GAUAUUCUUAAGAAGCUUGAAAAGCUGGAUGCCAUCGAAGAAGCAGUGAAUAACCUCGGGAAGUCUUUCGGGAAGUUAGAAGGAAGAUGCGUACGCUACCACCAAGCGUGAUGUUGAAGAUCUUAAAGAAAGUUUAAACGCAAACGAAACAGAUAAAAAGACGACAGCCGAGAGAAUACAAAAGCUCGAAGACAACACAAAAUCGAGCCUAGCGGCCCUACAGAAAGAGAAUGAUGAGCUCCGUUCCAAUUUUAAACUGAUCGAGGAUAAGAACUUAUAUCUGGAAGCAUAUUCUAGGCGCCAAAACAUUAAGUUUGAAAACAUUCCAGAAGAAGAAACGAACGGAGAUGGCGCUGCGCACCUUCCUGGAAACGGAAUUGGUUUUUGGCGACGCUGCCAAUGUUGAAAUACAGCGAGUUCAUCGUCUAGGAAAAAAGAGAGGGGAAAGUCCCAGACCCAUACCUGCUAGAUUCCUACGAUAUAAGGACUGUGAAAAGCUUCUUCGCUGGGACAUCGUCUACCAGGAACAAACUACAAAAUGUACCAAGAUCUUCCGUUUGAGAUCGUCGAACGUAGGAGAGCACAGAUGGAAACCUUCAAAAAAGCAAGACCCAACAACAUUCCCGCAGCCUUCAGCAAAGCCCAGCCUGACAAACUGUUCAUAAGAGGAAAAUUGUGGCCUUUUGGAAUGCCAUUAGAACUGUGAGUUUAAUAACACAAGUCUUAAACAUUCAAGCUUUAACUUUUAGUAUUUUUUCUUCAACAAAUUCAAUUAUGAUAGGGGGACGGGACGCUUCUGUUCGGAAUACAUCUCUUUUCUUAAACUUUGCUUGCCUUCUCGACUCUCGAAACUAAGCAAGCUAGUUUUCCACACAAAUGCCGCUCAGUUAGUGAUCUUUUUUAUUUCUUUUGGUGAGUACAUUUACAUGUAUGUAUUCUUAUUUUUUUUUGCUUUUGUAGCGUAUGUAAUCCGUAUUGUAUAAGUAGUGCAAGUAGCUGUUAUUUUUUAUAUAUAUGUAAAGCGUGGUGUAUAGCACUGUUAGUAGCGUAAGUAUCUCAUUGUAAGUAAGUAUUGCAAGUUUUGUAUUGUAAGUAGAGUAUAGUUCUGUUAGUAGCGUAAGCACCAUACAUUGUAAGUAAGUAUUGUAAGUUAGUACUUUGUAAUUGAAAGUGUUUUAAUUAAAUUAAAUAAUUAUAAAAAAGGUUCUAACAAGCUCCAUCCGUCUGCUUCAGACAAACAUCAGAUUCCCAUUGGAAAAAUUCCAUAAGAACGGUAAAUUUGCGUGAAGUCACCAGACCUGCUUGUAUAAAGCUGUAAAAAAAUGCAAAAUAGAAAGUAGGAUGAGAGUUUUUUGAACUUUUUCUUUGCUGACAGAUGCGAAGAUCUCUUCCAUAGAAAUAUGAUGCGUCUCGGCAUAUUUAGGCAAUGAGCUCGCCGGUCUAGAAAUGCCUCUGGGCCAAGUUUCGGAAAUCAUAAGGUCAAAAGGAAAAAGCUACCGUCUGAAAUUCUGUCCAGCUAAACUAUAAUUGUUUAUAGUUUAAUAGAGUUGCGUGUGACGUUACGUAUUAAGUUAUUGGCCUUGUUUUUGCUUUAGGUGACUCAAAACGGACAACUGUUGGCCCCUCAGUGGCAGAAAACGUGCUGGUUGUGAUUUUUGUCAUCAUCAUCAUCAUAUGAUUGCAAACCUGUGAUCAGGUGUUCCUUUUCUUUCAAGGGAGCGCGAAAGUCAGCGGACAGGCAAAGGGGAGAAACUCGGAAACUUUUUCCCAUCGCCUCCCAAACUAAAAUAAGAGAAGAAGGACCGCCGCAUUACAGGUUAAAGCCACUUCAGAAUUACUUAAAGCCACAUUAUCGAUGUAAGCCUUGGCCACCUAUUUUAUAUGAAAUUUAGUGAGUUUCCAGUUGCAUGUAACUUUUAACACAUAUCCAUAUAAAUACUUUUGUGAGUUUGAUGAAGAGGCCAAGAAUAUCUCAAAAAAGGAACUAUUUCUAUGCUUCAUUAAGGUAGUUUCCUAAAUUAACAUGCCUGUCUCAAAUGAAUACCUGCAGGAUUGCAAACUCAUGCUGUUGUACCCGGUGUUUUUUUAAUAGCUACAGGCCUGUUUAUCACGUCCUGGUUUACUAGGAAAGGGUUUUCAAUCUUUUCAAUUCUUGAAAGCCAUGUAUCUUUCCUGUAUAGCUUAAGUUAUUAAACCACAAAUAAACGCUUGAGAGGCUUAUUACAGCUUUCUCUUUUAGGUGGGCCGUUUAUUCGAAGACUGGCCUUCAAUUGAUUAAACAGGGCAUAUUGCCUAGGAAUCGUUUUGUUAGUUAGUUAAGGUGAAACAUCACUCAGACAAAUUUUAACUUAAGCGUUUUGGAAACUCCGUAGUAGUUCGUUAGUUUUAAGGCUUUUUCAACACAAACUUAGCCUAGAGAGGGUGAACGUGCUGUCUGCUAUAUUAAACAGGGCACAAAGGCUUAUUGAGCUAAGGGCUGUUCUCUGUUCUCGUUUGUUGGGGUGGGGGAGAGGAGUAAUUACAAUUUGCGAUUGACGCGUCACAAAGGGCUUACAAGGCAAAACGAGCAUUGCAGAUUUUUGUGAACCAGUCAACUUGAUAAGAAAUAGAGCACAAACAGCGGUGAUAAACAUAUUCAACGUACUCAUUUUUCUAAACUUCACCACUGACACAACAGCAAGUGGGAUCAUUUUGAUAUCUUAGCUUCAGGAAAAACUGAUUAUCACUGUUAAAUCAAAGAAACAUUGCUUACACAAGAACUAAAGCCAGCUUUCAAUAUAAACGUCAGUAGCGAGAAGCUGAUGCUUUAUGAAUUAGCUGUUUAUGCCCUCUCUUCCUGCCUCAACAGCUGAACCCCAAUUUGUGCUGCACUGCCUGAGCUCUGUUUACUGGGCAACAACACAACAAUGCAAAUGGCCUUAUAUGGCUCUGGACAAACUGUGGUCCAUGGCUGCUUUUCUUGAAUAAUAAAUUCCAUCAUUUAAUUCUGAUGAAAUAAAUUUUCCCAGUAAAGGUGCGGGCCAAAGCAAAAAGGCGAGCAAAUGGAAUUACAAGCUGCAGAGGAUGGGACACGGGGAGGAGGCGGGAGUUGAAAGAAACUUUUUCACCGCAAUCAAUCAAGGCGAAUGUCGAGACAUUGACUGUUAAACGCCCAUGUUCAUCCAAGCGGCUUUACACGCUUGUGUUUUUUGUUUUGAACCGCUACUUUUGUCAAAUUUAGUGUUUUCAUUGGGCAGAGUGUUCGCUCUUUUCACGCUUGGCCGAAGUGUGACUCUACACGUACUGAGGACGGCGAUUUACACGAAAUCAUUUUUCUGGAGUACAGGGCGCGCAAAGCCACUUGGGUUGAACAUGGGCCUAUAA